UUCAGUUCCAGCUCAUCACACGAUACUACUUCUGUUGAUAGCAGAGCUAGUCAGGCACCGUCUGCUAACAUGUUGGCGUUUCUGAUAUUUGCAGCAACAUUUGUGGUUGUACUGAUAAUUGCCGUUAUUUAUAUAUCUCCGAAAAGUUCCGCCAAAGGGACGACAGUGCCUGGUCUGUCUCCAACCACUACAGAAGAUGGCAACCUGGCUGACAUUGGAAGGGCUGGCAGCUUGCACGAGUUCUUGAUGGACCUUCACCAGCAGUUUGGGCCUAUCGCCUCCUUCUGGUGGGACCAGGAGCUUGUUGUCAGCAUUGGAUCUGCUGAACUGUUCAAGCAACACCAGAAUGUGUUUGAUCGACCUCCGAAGCUGUUCCGGCUAUUUGAGCCUAUCAUAGGAACCAAGAGCAUACAGUAUGCUAAUGGUAGUGAUGGACGAGGUAGACGGGCAGCUUUUGAUAAAAGUUUCUCCCAUGAAGAACUGAAGAUGUACUACCCUUGUCUGCAAAAGGUGACUGACGACCUGGUCAGCAAGUGGUCCUCUAUGGUCAAGGAGGAGCACAUUCCACUGGGCCAGUACAUGUUUGCCUUCGCUAUGAAGGCAGCACUGGUUACACUUCUCGGGGAUUUAUUUGAAAAUGACAAAGAAGUUUUGACUGUCAAGACCCACUAUGACUUGGUGUGGUCCGAAUUGGAACACCGAUUGGCUGAACCUACCAUUCCAGAUGAUGACUCCCCCAGGGCAAAAGCGUUCACUGAUUCUAAGGGUGUGAUCUUGAAUACCGUCAAGAAGUCUGUGGAAUAUCGUAAGAAGCAUGGCAACAAGGCUGAGGAUUACCUUCUGAUAGAUCGAAUCCUAGACUAUCAUUCAGAAAUGGACACUACCAAGCUGGACUGUUUGACGUACCUUGUCGGAGCAUUCCACACAACUGCCAACUUGUUAACGUGGGCCUUCUACUUUUUGGCAACCCACCAAGACAUCCAGGAGAAAGUGUACAAGGAAGUCAUCAAGGUUCUGGGUCAAGACGACUUGGUGGAGCAUCACAAUCUCAAUGACCUGAAGUAUGUUCGACAGGUGAUUGACGAGACACUGCGAUGUGCUGUUGUUGCUCCUUUGGCGGCCAGGUUUCAGGACUUUGAUACAGAACUGGGAGGACACAAGAUUCCUAAAAAUACCCCAGUGAUCCAUGCCCUAGGGGUGGUGCUCCAGGACGAAACCGUAUGGCCUCUGCCUAACAAAUUUGAUCCUGAUAGACUGUCGACAGAACAAAGUAAAGAUCGACCUACCUUGGCAUUUUCUCCAUUCGGCUUUGCUGGGAAAAGAGUCUGUCCAGGAUAUAGAUUUGCUUAUGUUGAGAGCACAAUGUGCAUAGCAUCUCUCAUACGCAAGUUCAAGGUCAACUUAGUUGAAGGCCAAGUUGUGAAACCAAAAUACGGCCUUGUCACACAUCCCGUUGAUGAAAUCUGGAUCACAGUCAGUAAAAGGAAGUAGCUGUGCUAUUGCAUACUUUGCUGUGGAGGAAAGAAUGAAAUGAUAGAGUAACUUCCCCUGUUGUUCUGUACACAGAGCUACAGAUAACUUUUUGGGUCAUUGAGUUAUGUACUCGCUUGUCUUCAUCUCAAUUGGGUGUCCUAAUUU